GUCGUGCAAAAGCGUGCACUAAAGGGUAUGCGUUGAAGCCGAGACCUACGCUCGGUUUUUCUGCCUGUUCAUUCUUGCUUGAUGUGGAGCUUGAGGAGUCGCCAAGCUAGAGGUCCUCUUUUACGUACUUACAGUCACACAGCUAAUUCCUAGCGCUAUGGCCGAUGUAAAACCCUGCAGGGAACGUGAUGCUACUGAUCCUGUAUUCAGCAAUGCACUCGACAUCUCCUCUGAUGCACCAGGCGUAGAAUUUACGGACGUCGCAGAACCACUUCUGUAUAAUGUUUCUGACCGACCACCGAUCCAUAUGACAUUUUUCUUUGCAUUUCAGCAAGUGCUGGUGGCUCUCUCGGGGUCUUUAGCCGUAUCGUCAUUCGUAGCGGACGUCGCAUGUGCAUCGGAGUUCUCGGACAUCAAGACAGACCUCCUCAGCUCUACAUUGCUAAUGAAUGGCGUCACUACUUUGUUGAUGGUUACACUCGGGGCGAGGUUGCCGCUUUUUCAGGGAGCAGCCUCCGACUACGUGGUACCUCUCCUUGCCAUACAAGUCAUCAAUAAAGAUUUUUGCACGGUGAAAGGCCUGGAUACAGAUGCGAGUAUGGACAAUACAAGUAUACCCAUCACAAAUGCUACAGGAUCCGAUAUGGAAUUGAGGAGACAACUUGCGUUUACCAAAUUGCAAGAGUUCCAGGGCUGUUUGAUCCUGGUAGGCAUUAUCCAUUGUCUGGUAGGACUUACAGGAAUAUGUGGUCUCCUUCUCAAAUUUAUUGGACCCGUCACAAUUGUCCCAGCCAUCUUACUGAGUGGUAUUUUCCUGUCGCGGGCCACCGCGAAGUUCGGCAGAGCUCACUGGGGAAUGGCCGCUGUAACUGCUGCCACGUCCAUCAUACUAUCUCUCUAUAUCGGUCACAAGAAGAUGCCAUUUCCUGCUUGGUCACGAAAGAGAGGCUUUUUCAUUUACUGGUACCCGUUCCAUCAAGUUUUCUCGCUACUUAUCGGUAUACUGGUGGGAUGGUUAAUGUCAGCCCUGAUGACCUGGACUGGUGCCUUGACGGACGAUCAGAACGAGGCUCAGUACAUGGCAAGAGUAGAUGCACAAUCUGGAGUCAUCAAAGAUGCACACUGGUUCAGAGUCCCUUACCCAGGUCAGUUUGGCGCGCCAUCAUUUCAUACAGGAGUCUUCGUCGCCUUUCUAAUAGCCACAAUUACUUCAAUCCUCGAUUCCAUUGGUGACUACUACGCAUGUGCAAGGGUUUGCAAUGUACCUCCGCCGCCAAGACAUGCGAUAAACCGCGGAAUAGCUAUUGAAGGAUUUGCUAGCACAAUAUCUGGUAUACUAGGCUGUGGUCACGCAACCACUACCAAUGGAGGGAGUAUCGGAGCCGUAGGAGUAACAAAGGUGGCAAGCCGAGAUGUGUUCGUGUGUGUAGCAGUCAUUUAUAUAGUGUUUGGCCUUGUUGGAAAGGUAUCGGCAGUCUUCAUAACAAUACCACAGCCUGUACUAGGUGGCGCUAUGAUAGUCAUGUUUGGAAUGUUCAAUGGCAUUGUCCUGUCCAACCUCCAAGUAGUAUCGCUUUCAUCUACUAGGAAUAUCGCUAUCAUCGGAACCUCUCUACUUGUUGGUCUAAUGGUUCCCUAUUGGUUAGAGACCUUUCCAGAUGAUCUUAAUACAGGAAAUGCCUAUAACGACAACACUAUAAAAACUCUUCUAGCAAACCCAAACCUGUGUGGAGGGGUCGUCGCUUGUUUCCUUGACAACACUGUUCCCGGAACUUUGAAGGAGCGUGGUAUUACGGCGUGGCUGGAGCAGAAGAAGGAUGACCACUUCCGCCAGUACAGUGAAGGAAAGGAAGUGUACCUGCCUCUCCUGCCCGCGAGCUGGUUCUCGUGGAGGGUGAUGAAGUACUUACCUUUUUGUUUGUAUCGACCCAAAGAAUCAUUCGGAGUUGAACAGACUCUAUCAGAGCAACCAGAACACCACGUAGAGUAGUCACAAUCGCUCCAAUUGAUCAAAUUAUAUGUCGCCGUUAAAACAGAAAAAAGUGAAGGUUAAACUGUAGUUAACCGGUUGAUUAAUACCUAACGUCGCUGUGAUUGGAUCUGUUCCUGGUGUAGCGAAAAUGGCGGUAAUAAGAGUGGCGUCUUUUUAUUUGUGCCAUUCUUGUACAAACAUUUAUCAUGAUCAAGAUUGAUGUGCAAUCAUGACUGUUAAAUGUUUAAAUGUGAUCAGCUUUAAAGUCAUCAACAAUUAAUAAAAAAUGAAAAUAACAAAUGUUUGAAACAAGAAAAAAUAAAAUGAAUUUUAU